AAUGCUCGGGGCCGCCUACUUACCAUCCGGGGUGGUUCUAUAUUGCACGCCGGGCCGGGUGCGCCGGGCCGGUACAAUCUGACGCCGGGGGCGCAUACCGCCUACGGAAUUGGCUCGCCGACGCCAAAUACCCCACAAACCUGGCAUCGGUCAAGAUAUUAUGUAAUCAUUCCCCGCCAAACCCAUGAACGCAUUUUUCAACGCCAUCCUCGAAGUUGCAAUCUCAUUGGCGAUUUAUCCCGGAGAAUACCCCGGAGUGUAUUUGAGCGAGUUCGGGAUUUGGCAAUGACUCGUCUCCCCACACUCACUAGUCUAUCAAUUAGUAGUACUCCAUACUAUCUGGUAAUGGAAUAUUCUGUUAACCUUUAG